AUGCCAGUGGUGUUUUGCAGCCGCGUCCUUAUCGGUGUCAGGUUCGGUGCGAGGUCGUUUGCGUCCGAACCUAGUGGCAACAGCGCUAUCCCUACCGGCGUACCACAGCGCGUGCUCGUGCAUUGGCGUGGCGUCGACAACGACGAUGCUGAUCGUCACGGUGGCAACGCCAACCACCCGCCUGUGCCGUCAAAGGAUGCCGGAAAUGUCUGGAUCUGGCACGCGCAAGCUCGAGAAUUGGGAAUGGUUAAACCCGCGAUUAACUUGACCACGCACUACUAUGCUACGGUAGCCAUCGCCUACAGGAAAAAGGUUGGUGUUGGCUUUGGCUUCGAACAAGGUCUGUUCGAAUCGUAG